AUGGCACCGGACAUUGUGGAGACUAAAGCAGCCGGCUCCAGUGCUUCUUUUUCCAUGGAUCGGAUCCGGCUCGAAGCCAUCGAGAGCCGACGUCAGGAAUGCACCAAGGCAAUCAAUGACAGGAAAAGGAAACUGGCCGAGCUUUACUGCGUCUCGCGACUGCCGCUUCUGCCUAUAUCCAAUGACCAGGUUUUACAGAUCGAGGACAAGCUGAUGGCUUUUCUGGAAAAGAACGAUUUGGAAAACGGACACGAGUUCAACAUUGCCAUUUUAUCUCAUGAAAACCAGCAGAGACGACUCUCGCCUCCCCAAAAUCAGAUUACAACAGAGACAUCAGAGAUCAAGGAGCCUGCUACAAAGCGUCAGAAAGUGGACGGUCAGGUUAGCCAGCAGGAGACGGUUUCGCUGGAAGCACAAAAGAAGAUACAGGGAGCAGCAUUGGCCACCAGAAAACCACCGUCAGACCCGUCUUGUCAGGAAGGGUCUCUAUCGUCUUUGGUCCACUCCUAUGAACAAGUUCAGCCGCCUAGACGGAGUGACGAGAAGUCUAAGCGCGAUUUGGACUAUGAACAUCUUGACUUAGAUCAAUUGAUGAUCAUGUUAAUGCCCGAGCUCAAGCCCCACAAGGUACCAGAGGCUCGCUCCUUGACAGAACUGUAUUAUCACCAGCAGACAUUACAGCUACCCAAGCUGUUACUCAGGGCUCACAAGUCUCUUACCACCGACUCUUAUGAGACUGCUUUGGUAGAGGGUAAGAUUUCUGUAUUGUAUUCACGCAUGGAGGAAUUGAAACGCAAACAUAGUUGGUCUCUGAGACAGCCGAAGAAGUUUUUGGAUCCUUUUUUGGCUACCGGAAAGAAAACGCAUUGGGAUUAUCUCUUGUCGGAGAUGAAGUGGCUGGCUACUGACUUCAAGCAGGAAAGAAGGUUUAGAAUGGCUCAAUGCCAUUACAUUGCACAAGCCGUCAAGGAGUAUUGGAAAUACGGAAAGGUAUGCUGUGUGCGAAGAAGACCGGCUCGACUUCUCAGUGAGAAAGAGAUUGAAGAACGGACAAUGCCAAAAGACCUGGGCCUUCCAAACAAUUCUGAGGCUGCUGAAGUCCCAGAGAAAGCUGAAGAGUUGGCAGAGUCCACCCAAGAUGCAGGGAAUAAACUGGAUGAUGGAGCCAACGCGCAAAUUGAGUCAAUCACUGUGAAACCAGAGUUGGAAGAGAAUACUAAAACGCAGGUGUCCGAAGAUAAUGUGGAAACGACUAAAGAAGCUAUUUCCCACGAUAGUACAGAGCCUGCUAAGAAUACCGAGGCUUUAUCAGAAGAGCAGCCUUCUAUUAACCCAUCUCUUCUGCUUACCUUCAAUGAUACCGCUUAUUCUGGUGAGGAAUAUGAACAAGUGAAAAGACACAGGGAAGACAUUCAGCCAUUCAAGAUGUAUGCAGAUUUAAACCAGUUCAACAAAACUGAAACAACUGUCAUUGAAUGUUUGUCUACUUACGCCCCAUUCAAAGAAACUGAGAAGGACCAUCUUAUUGAACGCUAUGAAUACGGACACAUAUCCUCGAUGCUGCCUCCUGCUGACGAGGAGCCAGAUUGGGAAAAGAUAGUUCUGAAAAAGAAGAAGGAGACAGAGAAACAUAGUGUUCCUUACCAGAAGGGUCUAUUUUCUCCGGCUUACAGGCGUUUUAACAUUCUGAAACCCCCUUCUCCUCCCUCCAUCAAGAAUUUGGAGCUUCGCAUUCCAACUAUCUGGCUUCCGCAGGACGACAAGUAUCUCAUCAGGUAUGUGACCGAUUUCUCAUUUAAUUGGAACAUCAUUUCUGCUCAUUUGUCCGCGAAACCGACACGGAGUUAUACAUCGAACAUCGAGCGGCGCACUCCAUGGCAAUGUUUUGAAAGAUACAUCCAGUUGAAUGACAAAUUCCAAUUUUCCGAUAUGAGAGGUCUGUACCCAAUGGCUGCCAAAGAAUGGCUGGAGGCAGCACACAAGGUCCAGAUUUCCACCAAAAGACGAAUCUCGCCCCUUGGAGUUGGUAUUGAAUCUAUUCAAAGAGGGCAUAGACGGCUCAGAUGGGGCUCCAUGUUCGAUGCUAUGCGGAAGUUGAUGAAGAAACGCGAGAAUGUUCAAAAGCCUUCUCAACAGCAAAGAAAGAAUAAUAUAGAGGAGAAAAGAAGCGACACACCAACUCCUGAACAACUGUCGAAGCUCAAGUUCGAACGUGAUCGGGCAAUACAGGAAGCGUAUGCUCAGGGAAGUGGUAAUGGAAAUUUCACCAGACUGCGUGUUCCGCCAAACGCUCGUCAACUGGCAGCAGGAGCCGGUAAGUCUCCGUUCUCUACCGAUGGCCAAUCCAACCCUGGAUCGUCAGCUGCUGCGCAGGCGGCAAUGAAUGGUAGACGGCAGCUAUCCAACAAAAUGGCUCCUCAGGCUAGUGCGUCUCCCGAAGCACAGCAGGCUCAAAUGCGUGCUAAUAGUCCACAAGUCUACCAGCAGCAGGCGAAUCAGGGCGGCAUUCCGAUGCCGACGGGUCCUGGCGGAGCGCCUUUACCUGAGCAGGUUCAGCAGCUGAUGAUACAACGUCAACGGCAGAUGAUGCAACAGCAGCAGAACAACAACUCCAGACAGCCAAGCAGACCACCCUCUUCGUCGAUGAGCUCCCCUGUAUCCACACCAACUCCACAGCAAGUUUUGCAAACGGCAGGCAAUUCGGGAUCUUCUCCUCAAGCCUUUUCACAAGUGCAGUUGCAACCGGGCCAGUCUCCGGAGCAGAUGCCUCAAAUGAACAUUGCACCGCCCCAAGGGUAUCCCGUGCAGCCUAUGGGCAGCAAUGCACCGUCUCCCCAGGACAUGCAUGCCAACGCGCAGCUUUCUCAGCAGUCGCGUCCCGUGUCGCGCGUGAACUUCACCACGUCACAAGUGUCUGCCAUCAUAAACCAGAUACAAACUCAAAACCCAAACCUGCCCAAAGAACAGGUUACGCGUCUGGCGGUCGCGUAUCUAGCCAACUACCAGCAGAACCAGAACAGAGUCGCGGACCAGACAGCACAGCAACCUGGCAAACAGCCCCUGGCUCCUUCCAACGGAGGUGCAAUUGCUGGACAAUUGAACACUCCGACGAAGCAGGGACAGCCGUCUCAGGGGACGCCGCCAGCGCAAGCCGGCCAGCCCUUGACUCCGCAGCAGCUUGCUAUGUUUGCCAACAACCCCAAUCUGACUCCGCAGCAGCGCAAACAGAUCCAGGUCCUGCGGCAGCACCAACUGCAACAGCAACAGAGAAGGCAGCAGCACGUGCAGCCGCAGGGAGAUCCACAAAGUCCUGUGCCGGCAACUCCGCAGCCUGCGCAGCCUGCCCCAUCGAAUGCGAAAAAAAUGAACUCUUCGGCGAUUACAACACGGUUUUCACCCCAACCGGGAACCAACGUGGUGCCGGUGGUGAACCAGCAGUCGUCGUCAGUGCCGUCAUCGGCAAACAACAGCUUUGUGUCUUCACCGACAAUGAAAAACAUGAGAUGA